CGGCGACAAUAAUCCAACCAUGUCGCUUCCUUACAGGCAGGAUAUGCCCCCUCCAGGUGGGUUCGAGAGCAUCAAGUACAAACGCAACCUCCCUUUCCGCGGCCCCUCCAGCGCAGCCAUUGUUAUUGGCGUUUUUGGCAUAUGUGCCUUUGGCUUCUAUCGUCUUGGCCAAGGAAACCUCGAGAAGCGAGAAUUACAGCGCGAGAAGACAUGGUCAAGGCUUCACCUAGUACCGUUACUCCUCGCGGAGGGCGACCGGGACGCUUACCGCCGAAGUCAAGCGGCAUUGGCACGCGAGAAGGAAAUUAUGAAAGAUGUGCCUGGUUGGGAGCCCGGGAAGAGUGUGUACAACAACGACCGGUACCGGGGUCAGGAAUCAAUUGUUGUGCUGUGAGAGCGAGAGUGUCUUCAUCCAUAGACGACAGUACAAAUUCAAAUGUAGUACGGACAAGAAAGAAGCUAUUGCAACUCAUUUCUUCUUGUUCUUUUCCUUCUUUCACACUUGUCAUUUCGACUGCGCGAGAUUUGAUGCCUCAGUCAUUCUAUCCAGUCACUCUGAUCCGGGGUCCGACACACUUACAAC